ACAAUGCAAACAGAACAAGAGACACAACUCGUCGGGAGGACCAUAUACACAGUCAACGUCUACGCUUACGAUUUAAAAACAAAAUAUUCAUUGUUCGAAUCACAGUGAUCAGUUAAUAGUGUCUCGCAGUUCGAUAAAGAUAGAAGAAGAACAACAUAAUACAUAUGGCCGGCUGUUGGAAGAAGCCGAAUGUUUCGGCCGGUAAAGAUGUCGUGCUGCUUCACUAACUGGAAAGGGGCGUCUUCACGCCCAGCAUCUCACCGUUCCCUUUAAAAUUAGAAACCUACUUACGUAUGGCCAACAUACCUUACGAGAACGAUUUCAAAGACCCGAUGGGGCCCAAAGGCAAAACACCUUGGAUGACGCUGAACGGAGAAGAUUUCAGCGAUUCCCAACUCUGUUUGGAAUUGCUGGCCUCGCAAUUCGGCAAAGAUUUCAGCUCCCAUUUGACAGAGGCGGAACGGGCCAUUGGCCGGGCAUUUCAAAUAAUGGCUGAAGAGCAUCUCUACUGGGUCGUUGUCCUGUGGAGAUGGGUUUACACCAAAGGUAAAACCCUUUGGGCUAUUCAGAUGAACUUCCCUGCACCGCUACGUUUCAUCAUGCCAAUCUUCGUUCGAAGAAUGAAAGGUCAAGCAUCGGCCCAGGGUAUGGGCAGGCACAGUCAAGAGGAAGUCAUCGAAAUGGGCAUGAAAGAUCUGCGGGCCAUGUCAGCUUAUCUUGGCAUCAAACCUUAUUUUAUGGGGGAUACGCCCACCGAAAUGGAUUGCGCAAUGUUUGGUAUGUUAGCCAUGAUCGUUUGGUGCAUGCCAGGAUCACCGUUCGAACAGCACAUGAAAGGUGAAUUCAUCAACUUAAAGGACUUUUGCGAGCGAAUGAAAGAUCAAUUCUGGCCUGAUUGGGAUCAGUGUCUCCUACCUCCUCGAGUAUGACAUCAGUUUGCGUCAAACAUGUGUCCUUUAUAUGUUGCAAUGGAAAUAGACGACGAUAAGUGCAAACGUA